GUGCCUUUCCAGUGGACCUGGGUUGUUGCGGUUGUUUUCCUUCUCUACGUGCAACGCUGGCAAGUCUCAAAGUCGCCACAGGUGCAGGUUGGGAUGGAAGGCACCAAGGAAACAUGCCCCUGAUUCAGUGCCUCUGCUUAGCUGUAACACGUUAAUCAGAACUGCCUGGCAUCUUCCUGAACAAGACUUUCAAUAGGGGCCAGUAUGCUUCGCUUCAUCCAGAAGUUUUCUCAAGCAUCUUCAAAGAUACUGAAGUACUCUUUCCCAGUGGGACUAAGAACCAGCAGAACAGAUAUACUUUCUCUCAAGAUGUCUCUCCAGCAGAACUUUUCCCCAUGUCCAAGGCCUUGGCUUUCCUCAUCAUUUCCAGCGUAUAUGAGCAAGACACAGUGCUAUCAUACAUCCCCCUGCAGCUUUAAAAAGAAGCAGAAGCAAGCACUUCUAGCCAGGCCCCCAAGCACCAUCACUUACCUAACUGACAGCCCAAAGCCAGCAUUAUAUGUAACUCUGGCAGGACUAAUCCCCUUCAUUGCUCCACCACUGGUCAUGCUGAUGACAAAAACUUAUAUUCCCAUAUUAGCUUUUACUCAGAUGGCUUAUGGAGCCAGUUUCCUAUCUUUCUUGGGUGGGAUCAGAUGGGGUUUUGCUCUACCAGAAGGUAGUCCAGCCAAACCAGACUACCUUAAUUUAGCUAGCAGUACAGCUCCUCUUUUCUUUUCAUGGUUUGCCUUCCUUAUUUCUGAAAGACUUAGUGAAGCCAUAGUCACAGUAAUAAUGGGUAUGGGAGUAGCAUUCCACCUUGAACUUUUCCUCUUACCACAUUUUCCCAACUGGUUUAAAGCCCUGAGGAUAGUAGUCACUUUAUUGGCCACUUUUUCAUUUAUAAUCACUUUAGUAGUUAAAAGUAGUUUUCCAGAAAAAGGACAUAAGAGACCUGGUCAAGUAUAAAAAAUACAAAAGUCUGGGAAGUGAGGAGCACCUCUGCCCGGCCGCCACCCCGUCUGGGAAGUGAGGAGCGCCUCUGCCUGCCCGCCGCCCCCUCUGGGAAGUGAGGAGCACCUCUGCCUGGCCGCCGCCCCGUCUGGGAAGUGAGGAGCGCCUCUGCCUGCCUGCCGCCCCCUCUGGGAAGUGAGGAGCACCUCUGCCUGAUCGCCUGACCAUCUGGGAAGUGUGAGGAGCGCCUCUGCCUGGCCGCUGUGCAACCUUCCAAGUGUGAAGUGACAGCCUUGUGUGUGAUCUUUUCUGUCUUCCCCAAGUUUGCAUUUUCGACAUUAAAGUUUACUUUUUAGUUAAAAGUUUUAAAAAUAUAUAUAUAUAAAUACACUGUAGAUAACAUUUGUAUGCCAGCUACACGUUUUUCUACUUCUGUUUGGCUUUUUUUCCCCACACCAAUGGUAAUUUAUUCUUCACAGAUUGUUCUUCAUUUCUAGAAAUUGUUAUUUCAUGGUAAUUACUUGAGCAAAAGCUUGAAAAUCCCUGACAAGUACUUUUCAUCUCAUAGUAUAUUAGUUUUCACUCAGUCAUUUUAUGAAUAAUAUAGUUAUCCACUUAAACAUUUCAAUAUUUUAACCAUCUUGAAAAUUAAAGAUUAAAAAUCCCC